AUGACAAGAAAGAAGAUAGAGAUAAAGAAGAUCGAUAACAUAUCAGCAAGGCAAGUGACAUUCUCAAAGAGAAGAAGAGGGCUUUUCAAGAAAACAAGGGAACUUGCUACGCUCUGUGAUGCUGAGAUUGGUCUCAUUGUCUUUUCUUCCACUGGAAAGCUCUACGACUAUGCUAGCUCAAGGCAGUUGAAUGGGGAAGCGUUGCAAGAUUCCACAGUUCAAGAAUUACAAAAACUUGAGGAACUGCUUGAAAGGGGUAUGAUGCGUGUUUCAAAGGAAAAGGAUAAAGCAAUUGUAAAUGAGGCCUUCGAAUUCAAGAGAAAGGUUACACAUGAACAAGGGCAAUCAUUUGACUCAGUGAAUUUGUCCAGCUCAUCCUCUAAUAUUCCUCAACAGUUUAAUGAUUUUGAUACCUCUCUCAAGUUGGGGUUUCCUUGA